AUGUCUUCAAGGUCGAUCCGCCACCCGACUCCGGGUCCCGAGAGACCGGAUGACUUUGCCGGGAUUGGUGACACAGCAGACGCACCCAUCCGCGUCGCCGACUCAUCGGACUCCUCGGCGGCUGGUAGCGUGUACGAUGAGUUUGCAGAUCCCAGUCUAGACCUGAUGUUCGAUACGCGGUGCUCGUUUUCGGAUGAUAGUGAGGAUGACGAUGUGGAUAUGGCCAACGGAGACGCUGCCGACGUAUCCGCGGGCUCAGCCCGGGCUCAGCUCGUUCGCCACUCCCCGGUAUCCUUGCCUGCGCCUGCGCCUGUGCCUGUGCCUGCGCCUGCGCCCAUCCCUCCCGUUCCAGCGUCGGGCGUCCAGACGCCCGCCUCCCCUCCUCCGCGCUAUAUUGGAUCGACUACCGCUGCGGUCGUUGCUGAGGCCACAACUUUGCCGCUCCCUCCGCGUGGCCCUCGCCGCCCAUACACACUCCAGAUCCGUGACUUGAGCCCUCUUCCCGCGGCUGAUCUUGAGGUUCCCGACCUCUUCCGCCAAGCUGGUAUCUCGACAUCCGAACAAUAUGAAUCGUGGCUGGAUCUCCAAGUUGAAUCUAGCGUCGCAUCGCCACCCCAUAUGAGGGAGUUGAACGGAUUUGAAGCCGCGACUCUUAUUGGCAUCGAGGCGGACUUGCGACGCCAGGUUCAGAAUUAUCGUGCAGCCCGCAGUCAGCUCAGGGCAUUUAGCGGGCUUAUACGCGAAGCUGACAACCUCGAACAACUCCUGUAUGGCCUUGCUGCGAAUCCCAUCAUUCGCGCGGCAUCUGCAGCCCAAGGUGUUGACGUUCUUUUACCUGAAUUUGUGACCAACCGCGGAACCCGCCCCACGCAUGGCUCGUCUAGUAACAGCCCGGAACCCUCACAGCCGACGACGGCGCAUACCGCGCCUGUCACUGUGACCGUGCAUUCUGGGCGCGCUUCUUCCUCUACAGAGCUGCCUGAGCCCUCUGAGGUGGCCGGAACAUCUGAGCCGGCCCAUGGUACUUCUGCAAACGCCUCAACAAGCCGUGCUCCUAGGCCCCAUGAGGCUCCGUUUGUAAACGCUAGAGGCGCGGUGUGUUUUGAGCAGAGGCCUCUGACGUCGCUUUACGUCGAGGAGUUGUUGGAUCGCAGCCAACCUGGCCCUUCAAUUCGCCAUCUCCCCGCGCCCCCUCCAGUGGUCGCUGCCCGGAACCGAUCGGAGGCUCGGCGCCGAGGGGGCGGCGUUACAGAGGUUGCGCGACAGCAACGCCGACCGGCAAAAGACAAGCGUACCGUAGCCGGUCAUCUGCCGGUUCCGCAACCCAACGUUGGCGCCGGUUACAAUGGCGCCUCGUCAAGCUCUGCCUCCAGCUCGGCGCCCCGAGGCCGGACUAAGCGCCGUGAGCCGACCAUUGAGCUCACGGAUUCAGAUGAAGAUGUGGUGGAUCUUCGGCGUCCACCGAUUCCAAAGAAAAGGAGGAGGCUAGGAGGCUAA